CAGCAAGCUUUUUAAGUUAAGACAAAUUCUAUGUAGAAGUUCAAUUUAGUAAUUUCGAUUGAUUCCAAAAUUUGUAUAACAUUAAAUUUGUAGUUUAUUGAGUAGUCUCAAGAAAUGACUCAUCCAUUUCCCAUUUUAUUGGCCUGCUUCGUGCACCUCGUGCUGCAUACCGCGCUCUUUGUACAGCUGGAUCCGGUUGUUUUCGAGGGCACCCCCAUCUUGGGCAGCCAGAUAUUCUAUCUGUCGGUGAUGGAUCUGCUGUGCCACUGCGAGGUGAUACCCAGCCGCUGGAACAAGGUGCCUCCUUGGGGCAAGUCUGUCCUGGAGACUAUCGUCGCCUUCUUAAUAGGCGAAAUUUCCAUGUUUGGAAUCUGGUUUACCAUUGAGACCAUCUUCGCGGACGUCAUCAUAAUGGUCACAUACAAUACCGAUCUUAAGUAUAGCUUUAAGUUAUUUCUCCUGGAGAUCAGUACGGUAAUGAUUGCCAUUGCCUUUUCGAUGGGUGUGGCUGCGGUGACUAAUAAACCGGUCAAGAUGCAGAAACUCGGAAGACAAAUCUUGAGCUUUACCAAGAAUUUUAAGCAGGCUUUCUUCUUCGAAAGAAAAGAAAGCUCCCAUCAUGGUUUCAAUUUAAGCCAAAAGUACUCUUAACCUAAAUCACAAGAUAUAUCUUCAUAAUCUUUUUGUACCAACAGUUUCUGUACAAUAUACAUAGCUUUCAUAUUUAGCUUUGGAAGAACUGUGAUUAACUAGGUAAAUGGAGAAUAAAGAAAUCUUUCAUUAGA